UCACGUUUCAACUGUUAUGUGACUUUUGCGUCCCAGUGGCGUCUUUUGCGUUUUUAACUUUUCCCCCGAAUUCUCCGUUUAUAACGAAUCCUCUGUACAUCCAGUGAUGACAUCCAAAGAAGUGGCCAAAUGUGAUGCGGGGGAGAAUAGAAGGCGCAGUCCUCUGGACCACUUGCCGCCUCCCGCGAACUCCAACAAGCCGCUGACCCCAUUCAGCAUCGAGGACAUCCUCAACAAGCCGUCCAUGAAACGCAGCUACGCGAUUUGCGGCACUGCACACCUUAUCUCAACCUCGGAAAAACAUCGCUCUUCGGGCAUCCCGCUGUCCAGCCGCGCACUACUCACCCAAACCUCACCACUGUGCGCGCUCGAGGAGCUGGCCAGCAAAACAUUCAAGGGGCUGGAAGUGAGCGUGCUGCAGGCCGCAGAAGGUCGGGACGGGAUGACUCUAUUUGGACAGAGAUCUACUCCAAAGAAGCGUAGGAAAUCCCGGACUGCAUUCACCAACCAUCAGAUCUACGAGCUCGAAAAGCGUUUUUUGUAUCAGAAGUACCUAUCCCCGGCAGAUCGGGACCAGAUCGCUCAGCAGCUUGGCCUGACGAAUGCGCAGGUGAUCACGUGGUUUCAGAACCGCCGGGCAAAGCUAAAGCGAGACCUGGAGGAGAUGAAGGCUGACGUGGAGUCCGCUAAAGCAAUCGGCCAGGUUCCAUUGGACAAGCUGGCCAAGCUGGCAGACUUGGAAAAAUGCGCCAACGGCACGUUAGGCCACCCGCGCGCCGAGUCUCCCAUGCGAGGCCAGCAGGAGCUUGAGCUCGCACAGAAAUUGCGGACGUCGCCGCUGUCGCCCUUCUCAGACCACACAACAAGUAAAGAGUGCUCAGAGGACGAGGACGUAGAGAUUGAUGUAGACGACUGAUGGCGCAGCAUGGCGCUGGACACAGAGACGGUGUGAACAAAUCCUGCCGAGGACUUGUAACUUACUGCUUAUAUUCUACCAUAUC